AUGCGCGAACUAGAGGAGAUCAAGCAUCAGAAGCUGCAAACCGAUGUUCACCUUCAGAAGCCCGUCAACGCGUCAUCGUUGCUGGUUCAGCGGAGCUCGAGUCCGAGGAUGUGCGACACGGACAUUCACGCCGCGACGACAGCUUCAGGUGGUCCCGAUGGCCAACUACACCAUAGUCUGGUCACCUUUCAGGAGCCACCAGUUGUGGGGGCCUCCGUUGGCAAGACGGGGCAAGUGCAGCUUUCUGGCCUCCUGUCACGUCUGUCCGAGGGGGGACCGAUGGGAGGGGUGCCCGGUGAAGCGGAGUGCAGUGGUAGACCCGAGGCCGACCGCUUGUUUCCACACGACACCGGCUCUCUGGUCCGGUACCGGCUCGCCUCGCUGAGGCCUGACCAAUUCUCGGAGUCGGUCGCAUCAUCCACUUUCCCGUCUCUCCCUCUCUACACUUCCGCUCUGCUGUCGGCCGCCUCGUCCGUCGGCCAUCCUCCCGGCGCCUCGCUCGUGUCCUCCAGCUUGGCCAGCGGCCUGCUCAGCGGCGUCGGAUUCGGCGGCCGAGACGGCUUGCAACCGUCUUUUUCCGUCGCUUUGAUGCCCCAUUCGACGCCGUCCGCCGUCCGGCUGGCGGGCUCCGGACGAAGCGUCCUCGCGACCAGUAGACCCUCGAACAGAUCCGCGGGCGGCCUCAAUCUGGCAAACUCUUGUAGGCCUGCCCCUCUGACGGAUCGUCUCGAGGCACUGCAGGCCGCAGCCUCUCUGAAGGCUGCCUCGACAAGCAGGAUUUGGGGCGAGGCUGAGGGUGAGUUUGGGCAGGGUUUUCAGCCCUAG